CUCCCUUUCCCCUAGGAGUCCCAAAAGAAAUGAGUACGCUUUGUCCAAACCACUUCCUCCCAUCUGAGAACCACCAAGGGAGGGAGCAGUUUAUUCCGGUAACUCUAGCUGCAGACAGAAACUGUGGGGCCUCAAGGGCUCAGUGGCUUACUCUUGUUGUCAAACAGCUUUGCAAAGCCAUACUCUCCAGCUUGGCACCUGCCAGGCAUCCUGGCACCAUGGCAGGGCACAAAGAGCUUCAGGAGAAAAUGGAAUUGUCCUAGGUACAAGGGGACCAUUUCAAAUUAAUCAGGUUGCCCGUGAAAGCAGAUCACUGCCUGCUUCCGCGAGGCUAGACACUGUACGUACAAUACCUUCAUCCAGCCAGCCAAAUUAAUUGAGCACUUAUUAUGUGCCAGGCACCUGCUAGGUAAUGGUUUUCACUGAAGAAUAUAACAGACAUGGAGUCUGUCCUCACAGAGUUUACAACCUGGUGAGGAAAGAGGUGGGUAGUAAACCUUAAAGAAACAAAUACACGGUUACAAGUUGUGUUAUGUGCUAUGAAGGAAACAAACAGAUCCCAGGGACAGAGAACAGAGGGGGACCAGUUGAAUCAGUGACGUCUCCUUAAUUCUCCCAUUAACCCUGGCAGGUUUACAGAUGUGGACAGGAAAAGUUACUAACUGCCACAUUCCCUGCCCCCUCCACCACCACUCAACUCCAGCCCAUUGCAAUCGAGUCGAUUCUGACUCAUAGCCACCCUAUAGGACAGUUGAAUUUUGCCUGAUAGGGUUCCAAGACUGUAAUUUUUUUUUUAAUUUGGUUGUCUUUUUUUUUGCUGUUGAUAUUAUUUUUGUUUUAUUUUACUUUAGAUGAAGGUUUACAGAACUAACUAGUUUCUUAUUCAAGUUAGUACACAUAUUGUUUUGUGACAUUGGUUAACAACCCCACGACAUGUCAACACUCUUUCUUCUCCACCCAAGGCUGUAAUCUCUAUGGGAGCAGACUGCCACAACCUUCUCCCAUAGAGCAGCAGUGAGUUCGAACCACCGGCCUUUAGCUUAGCAGCUGAGUGCUUAACCACUGCGCCAGCAGGGCUCCUUGCAGUCACAUGAGAGGUUUGAAAUUGGCCAUGGUGGGAGUAUUUACACCACAGAAAUUGGCACCCACUACAGACGAGCCGAGCCCACCCCCACCCCACGGUACUAGCACAUCACUGAGCCAUUCUCUCUCCGUGGCGCACGUUCCUUCAGUUCUCAUCUAUUCCUUUUUUCAUUUCCUUUAUGGAGCAUCUACUGUGUUCCAGCCACGAAUAAAACCAGACGAUCACUGCUCUCCAGGAGCUUACAGUCAAAAAAGUGGGCGAGGCAGGCGUUAACCACACAAAUGACUGUUUUUUAGAGGGCAGGGCAGGGUCCCUGAGGAGGGAAGGACUGAAUAGCGAGCUGAAGAAAAAGCAGCACAGUGGUUCUCAUGUUAAAAAUGCCCUGGAUCACUUGAGAGAGGCAGGUGCCAAGCCCAGUGUGGACCGGCCGCCUGGGACCACAGGGCAGGGCCUGGCACUAGUGUUCUGAGGAGCAAUUCACCCUGGAGUCAGCAGAGGGCUCAGCGUAUGCAAAUAUCCCAUUAGCUGAAUAUUGCCUUCUUCCUUGAUAAGUUCAUGAGCAGUGCCAGUGAUUCACAUGUAUGAAUAAAAGACAAAACUGAGUCUUGAUGGGAAACGUCAGGUGAUAAAGAAAUCACUGAUUUCACACCCCUGUGCCUAGACAGCCUUCGGCAUCUCCACAAAAGCCUCCGUCCACCUCCUCCUGCUCGCCUGAAGCCUGUAGUCCCCAAACAUCCAUACCUGAAAUGACCAAAAAUGGCCUCUUUCAUAGUCACCGUUCACCCAUUUUGUGUACUUGCUGGUAUCAAAACUGCCAGUGUCUAUUACAUGGACCAGUUUACAGGUAAUAUAUGUGUCCAGAGCCUGGCCUGGGCAUAAACCCCAUUUACAACAUGGCUUUUGUUGGAAUACGUGUUCUGGGUCCCACGGACUCACAGACUGGGUGGCACUAAGCCCCCUACCCCUCUGACGGCUCCAGAGUAGCGAGGAGAGCUCGCUAUAGAAACGCUGACCUAGAAAAGAAAGGAGGUAGGGGCGGGUAUUUUGAUUCCAGUGAGAUCCUAAGGCGGACUCCACUUUACACACACUCCAUCGAGGCUUUUACGGGACUGCCUUGCGGUGUAUUUACCAUAGCAGAGAGAAGGGCCGUGGAGAAUCUACCAAGUGCACAGCUUUCUACACGUACUGUCUCUAAUCCUCACUUGUGAAAACUCUGCAAGGCAGAUGUGUCAUGUCCGUUUUCACAACGAAAGCAACAGAAAGAAGUUAGAGUGACGUAAUAAGGGGUGAAAUUGAAAUUUGCCUUAGUAUCAAUAGAUCCCAAACCUGGCUCCUUCUGUGAUAUCCUAAAAUUGCCAUAAAAUGUUUAUAAAACGCACCCAUCCUAAUCUGUUUUUAGCAUCAAGCCUCUCUGUUAGCCUGAGUGUGAAAUCCCCUCCAGGCACCCAAGAGAAGGGGACAGACACGAGCUUGUGGACUUGUGCGUCAGACGUUGCUAGGACCACCACGGUGAUGAUUCUCAAGCCAGCUGACAAAUGGACAAUGGCUCUGUUGGGGUGGGCAGAGCACUAAACAGGGAGUCAUUGGCACUUGAUCCAAGCUUACUGUGUGACUUUGAGCCAAUUGCCUGCCUUCUCGGAGCCUUUUUAACAAGGGGGCAUUGAAUUGUUAUUUUUCAGUCUUUGCUUUAUGAUAUCCUAGGACUGGGGUGUCCUGUCAGGAAAGGUGGAGCCCUGGUGGUGUAGUGGUUAAGAGUUCAGCUGCUAACUGAAAGGUCCACAGUUCAAAUCCACCAAUUACUCCUUGGAAAUCCUAUGGGGCAGUUCUACUCUGUCCUAUAGGGUCGCUAUCGCAAGGGGUUUGGUUUUUGUUUUGUUUUGUUUUUUUCUCAGGAGAAGUAGAUGGGCAAGAGGGCUGAGCCCCCAGGCCCCUAGACAGCAACUUGUUUUUACCUGUUUUAUGUGUUGAGCUUCAGGAGAACCUUUCUUUAAAACACAGUUUUGGACCAACAGGUCUAGAAUAUCUUCUCCUUGGAGGGUAAAGGGCUCUGAGUCAGGGUCAGCCAGGAGGAGAAGGCUGGGGUGGUGGGCGCUGCUCGCUGAGCUGGUCACCUGCUCUCCAUAGUGCCUGGCUGGCCAAUGCCUGGUGCCCACAGCUGUACUGCAGCCUCCUCCGCGGUGCAGGGAAAGGAGGACACAGUGGUGGGGUGGGCAGGGGGCAGGCCUACGGCUGCACCUGACCCUGCAAGCAGAGUCGGACCAAUGUAGGUCAUGGAGCAGAAGGCCGCUGGCAGUCCCCAGACAUGUGCUCCGGGAGGCGCACCUGUUGAGAGGGGUCAGGAUGUGGUGGGGUGCCCCGGAAAUCCUGCAAGGUCCUUGGCAGGGAGACCAACUGAUGCUAAGCCCCUUGUGUUGGUCCUUGUUUUCCCUAAAACAGAGUGUCACCCACAGGUGGCGCUGAGUCAAUCCUGGGGGACCGGCCACUGUCAUGUUGGGGCGGAGGGGGGGCGGUCUGAGGCGAAAGAGGCCUGAUUGGCUCGACCCCUUCCCCAUCACAUGCGAGUGCUCUGAGGCCUGAGAGGAGCAGCAGUUGGCUCCAGCUUGUGCAGGAAAUCAGCUGGCCACCGAGUACCCCCAAGGAGUCCAGCUUCAGUAAAUUUUUAGCUGCCAUUUACCAAACACAUCUCUGCUUUGGAUAGGACCUAUAGUUUAAUUCUCAAAACAGCCCUGUAGGGCAUGUGUUUAUAUCCCAAAUUCAUGGAUUUGAACACUGAGGCUCAGAGAGGUGAAGUCACUUGCCAAAAGACACACAGCCAGUAGCUCUGGGAGUUGGAAUUUGAAUCCAUGCCUUCCUGCUUUAAAAAGCCUUCUCUAAGUCUCCUUUACUCUUUCCAAGUUCUGUUUCAGAUUAUAAAAGCAAUCCAUGCUCCUGACAGACAAUGCAGACAUUCUAGAAAAGUGUAAAGAAGAAAUUGAUAAACUCGCCUAUAAAAUCACUACCAAUCAGAGAGCCCCUGGCGAGUUCCCUUCAGCAUUUUCUAUGUAUAUAUGCGCAUGUUGUUGUGAUUGCUGGUUGUCAACAAGUAGGUUCUGACUCAUGGCGACCCCAAGUGUGCAGAGUAGAACUGCUCCACAGGGCUUUCAAGGCUGUGACCUCUGGGAAACAGAUCGCCAGGCCUGCCUUCCGAGUCACCUCUGGGUGGGUUUGAACCACUAACCUUUCAGCUAGUAAAACAGUCAAGUGUUUAAGCAUUUCCGCCGCCCAGGGGCUCCAUGUAUAUGCAAGGACAGAGUAGAACUGCCCCACGGGGUUCCCAAGGCUGUAAUCUUAUGGAAACAGGCUGCUACAUCUUCCUCCUACAGAGUGGCUGGUGGGUUCGAACCACUGACCUUUCAGUUAGCAUCUGAGACCUUAACCACUGCGCCACCAGGGCUCCUUAUGUACAUGUACAGGCAUGUUACAUUUUCAUAAAACUGGGAUAUUAUAAACAAGCUUUGUAUCACUUGUUCCCACUUUUUUCUUUUCUUUUUUGGCCCACAGCUUUAAUUCUUUAAAACAAUGAAUGCUAUGAAAGGCUGGACAACAAACAUUCCACAGGGUUCACCCUGCCCUUUGACCACACCAGGCCACCUAAGAGUGGCCGUGACAACAGGGGCCUGAGCAGCCUUCGCUGGCCUCUCUCUCCUGUCCCUCUGCCCCUUCCAAGUGGAACCCCAGACCCAGGCUUCCAAAGACUUCCACGGUAACAUCCAAGAGACUUCUCAGAGUCUCUGUGUCCCUUUUAUUAAACAUUUCCCCCAAGUGUAUAGUUCUUGAAAUUUGCUUUGAUAGCUGCUAAAAAUCACUUUUCUGUUGCAUUCUUAGACUGGGCCAGAGGGCAGGAAAACAGGGUAGAGUUUCACAGGUUUUAGAGUUCGAUCUGGCUUUGAGUCCGAGCUUUACCUCUUACUAAUCUUAAAAGCAUGGACAUGUUACUUAGUUUUUGAGCCUCGGUUAUCUCAUCUAUAAAGUAGGGUUGCUGGGAGCAAUCCAGGAUAGGAUGAAUAUAAAGUGCUUAGCCUCGUGCUGGAGUUCCUGGUGAUUGUAAACAAUUAAUACACUCAGCUGCUAACCAAAAGGUUGAAGGUUGGAGUCACUCAGAGGUGCCCCAGUAGAAAGGCCUGGAUACCUAUUUCCAAAAAAACAGUCACCAAAAACCCUAUGGAGAGCAGUUCUACUCUGGCACACAUGGGGUCACCAUGAGUUGGGGCCGAGUUGGCAGUCAUUGGUUACUGGUCAGCCUCAUGCCUGACAUGCAGUAAAACAGCUGGUCAAAGGCAGUGGUGGUGGUAGUUCUGGCUGUUACUGUUGUUGUUGAAGUCACCCCUAUGGUGGACAGUGAGAUUCUCCAUUUGCGGCAUCUCCCUCCAGUGCCUCAGAAGGUCAUGUGAGGUGGCCUGCAGCCGGUUAUUAAUCCCAGCCAUUGCCAAGGUUCCAUCUCUGAUUUUAGCCCAGAGCUGAGACCUGCCCUCUUUGGUCCCAGUUCCCUGGGUUCUCUCUCCCCUUUGGUACAACACGAAGCAGCAUCUUCCUUUCCAACAAUGAGGCCUAGGCCUUAGAAACACAGGGUGAAUGGGGUACAGAACUAUUGUGGCAUGGCCCAGGGAGGGAAGGUUCUGAGAAGCGUGACCCCCAGCAGGUGAGGCACAGCACACAGUAAUGCAUUCGUGAUCUGGGCAAACAGAAGCCCAACCAGAGAGGCGCUGCCAGCAGGCACCACACCCUCACGCCAGGUGCCAGCUCCCAUGGUGGCCAACUACACACUGACCACAGUCCCUUGGUGAUCCGUCCUCCCUGUUCAGACAGUGGUAUGGUCCCAGGCAAAGGACGUGGGUUCAAAAAUUGGGAGGGGAGGUGGCAGUCCUUGCCUCUCUGCUCUGUGGUCUCCAGCUCCGGGACCUGAGCAAGGGAGCUAACCAGGCAGAGUCCACACAGAGCAGGCGACAGAGGACCAUCGGCCCCCAGGGUGCCAGGGGGGAUUGAAUGCAGGCCUGACUAAACUGUCCACCAGAAGUGGGCAUUAAGGACACACAAGCUGCCUUCACUCAGCCCUGAAAAUAUGAAGACAACAUCUAGAGUCUGUCUAAUAAAUACCAAAGCAGUUGGGUGAAUUCUGACUCAUGGUGACCCCACGUGCAACAGAGCAGAACUGUGCUCCACAGUGUGACCUUUCACAGGGAGAUCAUCAAUGGGCGUGACCUUUCAGAAGCAGACCAUCAGGCCUUUCUCCCGAGGCACCGCUGAGCAGACUCAGACUUCCCACCUUUUGGUCACUUGCUGAGCAUGUUAACCAUUGCGUCAUCCAGGGACUUCUGUCUGAUAGCAAUUCCUAAGAAUAAGUGAUGUAGCGUUUUUCUCUUAGUCAUGAUUUUCCAAAAGCCACUGAAUCUUGAUUACUGGAAUUAAAAGACUCUUUCUCUGGGGAUCAUCAUUCCUACUCAUUUCAUUUUUCAGAAGAGGAAACCAAGGCUCAGUUUUCAAAGGUCACGCAAAGAUGACAGUGUUGGUCCAAAGACAGGAUGGAAAAUAGGAGGUGAAUCUCAGUUAUGACCCCUUAUCCUGGAGACCUGAGAGUUACACCACACAGGAAACAGAGAUGGAGAAUUCUCAGAGCCAGUGUUAAUUAAUCACCUAUUAAUUACCUCACUUCUCCUUUGCUCUUUUCUUUCUGUUCCAAGAUGUGAUUCUGUCUCUCGCCCUCUCUCCCACCUCCAGCCACUGCAAAAACCUGUCAGCGAUUAAAUCAAAUUGUUCAACCAUUUCAAUAGGGAGACUCCCACUUGCCUCUCUGGGGCUUUUUCAUUUGUCUCAAAUAAAAGCCUCUUUCAGACCAGUUAACUCCUUCUUGGAGACUUUAGUAAGUCAGUGAUCAAGCCAUGAAGGGGCUGUUGGACCCUAAUGGAUUUUUCUGACUCAGGUGGGAUAUACAGUAGGCUUAUAGCCUGGACCCAGCCCUGCUGGCCCAAAGGGUGGGCUCUGCCUGGCCAGGCAGAGAAGGCCAAGUGCGAGAAACAGAGAGAGAGAGAGCAUGUUAGAGCAGAAGCCAGGCUCCCAAGCAUCUGACUCUAUUCUCUUCACCUUGUCACCCUGGGUUCAUGUCUUUCCUUGGAUGGACCUCAGUUUCCCCAUCUGAAAAACGAGAGUUGCAGACCUUUUAUUCCUGUCCUGGAUUCCACAAAUCCCGCCAAGGUAGCACCUAACGCCUGGGAAGAAUUUUAACAUUGCUGGAAAGGGAAGGGAUGUUAGAAAUCUCUCUGGUGAGAGCAAGGUUUUUUCUGGACGGGGUUUUCUGGAGGUAUGACCUAAAGGAAGGACAGGGAUAGGACAUGAUCACCUAGUUCUGAGAAACCAGCCGGUGAAAACCCCAUGGAUCCCAACGGUCCGAUCUGCAACUGAGCGGGAGGCUGCUGCUGGACCGGUCGGACAGCGUUUCUUUCAGUUGUGCGUGGGGUCGCCGUGCCUCGGAGGCCGGCUCCACUGCGGCUGACAACUUACAACACGCCAGGCUGGGAAUGGGAACAAGGCAGACCUGUCCCUGCCCUCCGGGGCUCAGAGUGAGGGUCAGGGUGAUGCUGUUAACAGCUAACUGCCCAGCCCACGUGAGGAUCAAACAUGGUCCUGGGUGGCAGAGUAGGGCUGAGAGAGGGAGGAAGCAGGGCCUGAGCCCAGCACUGGGAGGGGCGUCACCCUUAGACCCUCCACUUUGUUUCCAACAGAGCUUAUCCCUCUCAUCACCUAGGGGCUGACGGGGAACAACAGGUCGCGCGUUUAGCUGCCAUCACGUCGCCCCUCCCAGCCUCCAUUUCUGAGGUGCAUUUUCAGUUAUAUUUUUUGCAAGCCUUGUAAUUACACUGGGAAUAUCACAAUUAUAUUCCAACAUAUUAUACUGAGUUAAAAGUGACAAAUUGUCCACAUACACGUUUAAAAUAUCAUUAACUUUUUAGAAACACACACUUUGGUUUUCCUUCUUUCAUACCCACCCUCCCAAAAUAGAAGGUGGUACAGAUCUCUCUCAACCUCUGAAAGGCCUUGCCCUGAGACCAUAGAUCUUUUUAGAACCUGAACAUGGAGGACUUAGGAAAAGGAUUUGAGGCUGGGGUGGGGGUUGGACUGGCUGACUUCUGGACCCUUUGGAACUUGUAAGAUUCAGACUCCAAGCUGAAGAUGAGGAGUGAGUGGAGAACAAGUGUCCAAGUGGGUGGACACCUGCUGAGGGAGCAGCCUACCCCUCAUCCUCUUUGUCCCUACAAGACAGGAAUCGCUACAUCUCUCUGUGGGUGCUCCCUUCUUCUCUGUGCUUCCAGCAGUCUGGGAGAUUGCAGAUAGCCUUAAUUCUGCCAUCAUCCAAGUCCCUUUUCUAAAAUGCUUGCAUGAGGGCCCAGGAUUUCAGCAUUUACCAUUAUGGACAGAUGAGGAAAUUCAUUCUCGACAGCAACAACUAACACAAACUGUACACCAGGCCAUGUUCUAAGUGUUUUGCACACUUUAUCCCGGUUAAUUCUUGCAGCCACAACCCAAAAUUGUCCUGUUAUUUCCUGAAAAAGGCAGAGAAGGGUCAAUAACUUGCCCAUGGUCAUCUGACUUAGAAGCACAGAGCCAGCAUUCAAGCCAAGGUGGUCUGGUGUCAGAGCUCCCUCUCAUAACCAUUACAGAACAUACAGACCAGAGAGUCAGUUAGCAUCAGAACUUCAAAUCCCAGCUCCAGUGGACAAGCCACUUCUCGCCUCUGAGAUUCGGUCUCGUUAAUUGCAAAGUGGGAUCGUGAUGUAGGGAAUUUACAAUGAUCAAACGUUAACAGCAGAUUUAAGAGUGCUGCAACCAGUAGCCUGUUGCUGGGGAGUCAAUUCCAUCUCAUGGUGACCCCAUAGGUAUCCAAGUAGAAACGUGCUCUAUGGGGUUUUCAGUGGUUACGCUCUUUUCGAAGCAGAGAGCCAGGCCUUUCUUCAGAGGUGCCUCUGAGUGGAUUCAAACUGUCAACCUUUUGGUUAGUAGACAAGCUCUUAACCAUCUGCACCACCCAGGACUUGGGUAGCAUAUAAAGUGUGCUGCGAAUACACAGUAGUGUCACAAAGAUUUCCUUUUUCGCUGUUUGUUAAAGCAUGUUGAAAAACUCUAACAAAUGAGAAAAAGCAGAAGGAGAAAGCUCCCUUUGCUCACCCCUUUAGCUGGUAAAACCACACAAGGCCUGAGGGUUAAGUGCCCUGAAUUCCUCGUGAGUGGAGUGCCUGGCAAAGUGGAGAGAUUUUUCUGGGCAAUCUGAAACAAGGCCCAGCUUUUCGCCAUCACACACCCACCCUGCCUCACUGUGCUCAGCCAGGGCGCGGGGGAAUGGAAACUUUUGCCACCAACAGUACUUGCUAGCAACUUCCUUCUGUGCGGUUUUUCUCUGCCAUUCCCUUGAUAAAAGUACCCGAGCUGCACCCAUGUAACCCACACUCACGAAUCUCAUCUUCGCAUACCAACAGCUGCCUUUCAAGAAGCAAGCUGCUGGAAAUGAUGCACGAUGCACUCUAAACUGGGUCAUUCUGCACGCAGAGGGCUCAGGGCUCAGCUGAAUUUCCCUGUGUGUCUCCUGUGCCCUAGGCUCCCAGCGGAUCCGAUUGCCCGGUGGGGAAAGAGAGAAAUGGGGAACAGCGUGAAGCCUGCGCCUGCCCCACCCGAGAGGCCUCUGCCCUGCCCAGAUGGACUGGACAAUGACUUCCUCGCUGUGCUGAGUGACUACCCAUCUCCUGACAUCAGCCCGCCCAUAUUCCGCCGAGGAGAAAAACUGCGGGUCAUCUCUGACGAAGGGGGCUGGUGGAAAGCCAUUUCUCUUAGCACUGGUCGAGAGAGCUAUAUUCCUGGAAUAUGUGUGGCCAGAGUUUACCACGGCUGGCUGUUCGAAGGACUGGGCAGAGACAAGGCUGAGGAGCUGCUGCAGCUGCCAGACACAAAAAUGGGCUCCUUCAUGAUCCGAGAGAGCGAGACCAAGAAAGGUUUUUAUUCGCUGUCGGUGAGGCACAGGCAGGUGAAGCAUUACCGCAUCCUCCGUCUGCCCAACAACUGGUACUAUAUCUCCCCGAGGCUGACCUUCCAGUGCCUGGAGGACCUGGUGAAUCACUACUCAGAGGUAGCUGAUGGUCUCUGCUGUGUGCUCACCACGCCCUGCCUGACCCAGAGCACAGCCACUCCCGCUGUGCGGGCACCCAGCUCGCCUGUCACCCUGCGCCAGAAGGCCUUUGACUGGAAGAAGGUGGCCAGAAUGCAAGAGGACCCCGAGGGAGCCGAGAACCCACUGGGCAUAGACGAGUCUCUUUUCAGCCAUGGCCUGCGGGAAAGCAUCGCCUCCUACCUAUCCCUGACCAGUGAUGACAGUGCCCCCUUUGACCGGAAGAAGAAGAGCGUCUCCCUGGUAUACAGCGGAAACAAGAGGAAGAGCUCCUUUUUCUCCUUGCCGCCCUACUUUGAAGACUAGCCUGAGGCCCAUCGCCAUGGCAUAUGCCAGAAGGAAUAGGGUGGCCAACUAUCAGCUGGGAACCUGCAGAGAGGCAGGGUCCCCUGGUCCCUGGAGACCCUUGCGUCUUCCACAAGCCGAGAGGAGCCCACGGGGACUCAAACUCUCGUCUUCUCCACCCACAUGGUGGUGAAAGGUGCCCCUUCCAGGUGUCUGAUCAGCAUGGCGAUGUUACAAAUGUUGAAUUAUGACUCAAUCGGGCAAUAUUUCAGAAAAACCCCACGUGCAUGCAUGUGUGCGUGUGAUAUGUAUGUACGCACUCCACCAACAAGUGCGGAAGGACUGCUCUCCAGCAAACUGCCUAAUUGGUCACACAUUGUGAUCAUUCAAGAGAACUGCAGGAGAAAAGCCUGAGAAGAAGGCGAACCACAAACUGGUGGCCUGGCAGAAGACCUGGGCUUGCAAAAUGCUCCCUGCAUUGAACUUUUUUAACCCAUGUGUGCAGAGACCUUGGGAAUACCCCUCUUUUUCUUUGAAUGGAACUCGGUGACACUAAACGUUAGCCUUCCUUAUCAGCUGGCUUUGUGAGACAGUGAGAAACCCAGGGAGAGGCUGGGGUUGGAAGGAACGUGGAGGCCCCUUGUACAGACCCGAAUCAAGAGAUACCUUUGGCAGACUUCUGAGACAAAGCCAGAUGUGCAGACUUGAGUGGCCUCCCCAGUUCUGAAGAGGGCAAGGCAGAUGGGAGAAGGGGAGGCUGUAGGUGGGGAAGUGAAGGGGGGGAGCGGCCUGGAAUGGCACAGGGUUUCACGACGCCCAGUCAGGGCUUUGCAACACAGAAAGCGUGUCUCAGGUUGCUAAGAUUCUCGCCUAUAUUAAUGCGUCAAUCAUUCAUUCAUAAUUGCCUAGAGAAGCACUGUGUUAAGUUCUGCGUAAGAUGCCAGUUAAAAACAAAACAAAACAAAAAAAAAACAAGAUGACUAAACCCUAGCUCCCAGCAGAGACACCCACAGUGUAGACUGGGAGAAGGAUGUAUAAACAAAUAACAUAAAAAUAAUGUGAACGCGUGGAGAACUGUGGGGUCUAAAGCGGGAAAUCAGCUCCUGGCUUCGGAUGGGAUGGGGAGCAGGAGAGGGGGGAUCCAGGCACCCUGAUUUAGCU